GUCAGUCUCCGAAGCAGCUGUUCAGGGGUUGGAAAUUCCAACAUGGCAGUGGCUGUGGUCAGUGCUUCCUGCGUUAACUUGGAAUGCUUUCAAAUCUCUGGCAGUCCCGCUUAACACCCGACGCCCGUUCCCCCGUCCAGCAUUGGCACACACGCGUUUAGGAUCGAUGCUACUUUAGCCCCCAGCGAGGUCGACCUGUCGCAAAAAAAAGAAGCACGACAUGAUCAGCAGCAGCAGCGUCUAUGGCCUAAAGAUGCAGUGGACCCAGGAGCACAGCCAGUGGGCCGAGCAGCACUUCGACAUCUCCUCCACCACACGCUCGCCGGCCCACAAGCCCGAGGCAUACCGGGCCGUGCCGGGCCACCUGCAGCGCGCCUCCACCUACCAGUACGCCUGGGCCAACGACGACAUCUCCGCCCUCACCGCCUCCAACCUGCUCAAGAAGUACGCCGAGAAGUACUCGGGCCUCCUGGAGAUGCCGCCCGGCGCCUACUCCGAGGCCUCCAUGAACGGCGGCGGCCGGGGCGGCAAGGGGGACCCCGAGACCUGGCAGGACGGCGUGUACCCCAUGAGCUGUCUCCCCGAGGGGGUGGUGGCCGUGCGGAAGGGCGGCGUGGCGACGGCGGCGUCGGAGGUGGGCUCCGGGAUGUGCAGCUCCCCCGGCCUGGCCUCCAGCACCCUGAGCGAGCCCAGCUAUUCCAGCAGCAGCUGCGGGAGCCACGAGUACGGCCCCGGGGUGGGCUACACCGGGGCCUACCUGCACGGGGGCUAUGGCUCCCAGGCGGCGGCGGGCCAGGCGCCGACCCUGUCCUCGCCGCUGCACAGCUCGGGGCUGCUGCAGCCCCCGCCGCCGCCCCCGCCUCCGCCGCCCUCCUCCCACCCCGCCCUGGUGCCGGCGUACAACGGCGGCUCCCCCAGCCUGUCGGGGUAUAACUACCCCCCCGCGGGGUACCCGGCCCAGGGCUCGCUGGGGCCGGGCUACAGCCCCGGGGGGGCUCCCCCGCCGCCGCCGUCCUCCUACCUCCCCUCGGGCAUCGCGGCGCCCACCCCGCUGCCCCCGUCCUCCACGCUACCCGGGUACCCGUACCAGAGCCACAACCUGACCCCCAUCACGCCCACCCCGCUGGGGAGCGGCGGCGGCGGCGGCUCGGCCAACUCCCUGAAGAGGAAGGCCUUCUACAUGGCGAGCCAGGAGCAGAUCAACGCCUCCUACGGCGGCGGCGGCUUCGGCUACGGCCAGACGCGCGGCGCGGCCGAGAACGCCGUGUACCGGGUGGCCGACAACUCGGGCUCUAACGGCUUCGAGAGGAGCGGCGGCGACAAGUCCUCAUCGUCCCUGCUCUUCGGCUCCCAGAAGCAGUCGUCCAUGGCGUCCGAGCAGCAGAGGAAGUACGGCGGCCAGGCGACCGGCGGCGGGGCCCUCACGCCCCCGGCCUACGCCUCCCGCGCGGCAGACACCCUCGGCGGCUUCGCCUCCUCCGAGCAGGGCGCCGCCGUCGACGACCACCGCCUCCACCUGUCCCACCCGACCCCGGGGCCCGCCUCCUCCUCCUCCUCCUCCUCCUCCUCGCGCUCGGCCGAGGAGCAGCUGAAGAGCAGCGACCCGCACCUCCUGGACAUGGUGACCUCGGAGAUCCUGCAGCAGGGCCCCCCGGUGGACUGGAGCGACAUCGCGGGCCUGGAGGCGGCCAAGGCGGGCCUGAAGGAGGAGGUGCUGUGGCCCAUGCUGCGGCCGGACAUGUUCAGCGGGCUGGGCGCCGCGCCCCGCUGCGUGCUGCUCUUCGGCUCCCGAGGCAGCGGCAGGACGUUGCUGGGCCGCUGCCUGGCCAGCCAGCUGGGGGCGCCCUUCCUGCUGCUCAGCGGCUCCACGCUGGCCACCAAGUGGCUGGCGGAGGGCGACAAGAUCCUGCAGGCGUCCUUCCUGGUGGCGCGCUGCCGGCAGCCCUCGGUGCUGUUCAUCAGCGAGGUGGACGUGCUGCUGUCGGCGCACCUCGCCGAGGAGAGCCCCGUGCACCGGCUGAAGGCCGAGCUGCUGGCCCAGCUGGACUCGCUGCUGCUCUGCCCCGGCGAGGACGGCGCCAACCAGGUGCUGGUGGUGUGCUCCACCAGCCGACCGCAGGACAUGGACGAGGGCUUGCCCCGCUACUUUGGCCGGAGGAUCCUGGUGCCGCUGCCGGACGGCGCCGCGCGCCACCAGAUCGUCAACCAGCUCCUGGCCCAGUCGCAGCACAAGUACUGUCUGAGCGAGGAGGACCAGGCGCUGCUGGUGCAGCGCACCGAGGGCUUCUCGGGCCUGGACGUGGCCCGGCUGUGCCAGGAGGCCCUGGUGGGCCUGCUGCAUGCCUCGGCCCAGGGCAUGGACAUGAGUGGCAUGAUGCCCCGGGGCCAGAUCAGGCCCCUCACCUACCAGGACUUUGACGGCGUCUUUUGUAAGUUCCAGGCGAGCAUAUCGCAGAAGGAGAUUGACACGUACACUGAAUGGAACAAAAUGAUUGGCUGUAGCCAGUGAGAAUAGAGCGAGGCGAACCCCUUGAGAU